AUGGGAAUUCAAUACCUCACCAAACACCUCCUCCCAUAUGCCGAGAACGUCCAACUGGAUGGGCAGCCAGACUCAGAUCUCGCGCGCGUACGAGGAGUCGUCAUCGACGGCCCAAGUCUAGUAUACCAUGUCCACCACCGCCUCCUCUCAUGGAUAGACCCAAGCUGCGACAUCCUCGACGUACAACCAAGCUGCGAUGAGAUCAGUCGCGGGGUAUGCAGCUACCUCCUCCAAUUGAGAAAACUAGGCGUUGAAAUCCACAAAAUAUGCUUCGACGGCGCCCUCCCAAUCACAAAACGCGAGACGCGCGUAGGAAGAAUUGAAAAAUCCCGCAAAAGACUUGAGCUCGCGCGGCGAGACCUGCCCCUCCACUCCGCACCCAAAUCCCGCUCUCUCAUCUCCCCCAAGCAAGGCCAAGUCUGGUGCAGUCGCGGCCUACCCGGCCGACGGAAGAACCUCCCUGAGAACCCAUUUAUGGUCUCGGUCGUAUACGAAGACCUCAAAAACCGGUGGAACAAAGAGCAGAUAUCCAAAGAAAUCGACGAAGACGUCACCUCUCUUGUCGGUCAUGAAGAAUAUCCCUGGGCAGGGAUUACAGUCAUGGUUCCCGGCGAAGCAGACGUGGAGUGUGCGCGUGUCGCGAAAGCGACGGGGUCAGCUGUUUUAACUGGUGAUUCGGAUCUUAUGUUACACGACCUCGGACCUGAGGGCGCGGUUGUUUUCCUUGAUUCUGUGCAGACGCCUUCUGGGGUGUGGGAUCCUGCUGAGCCUGAUAUACGUGGGUUGAGGAUUUGUCCGCAUACACUUGCGCGUCGGUUGGGUGUUGCUAGUAUUAGGCGGUUUGCGUUUCGGUUGACGAGGAAUCCUCAUUUGAGGUUUGCGCAGAUUGUUCAGGGUGCUAAGGAUGAUGGGGGUGUGACGGAGCUUUCGGGUGCAUAUCGUGAGUUUCUAAGGGAAUAUGAAGAUGAGGGUACACAUUCGCAGCCCUCUGCUGAGACGGGGGUGUUGGUUCAGGAUUUGGAUCCCAGGGUUUCGGAGUUGUUCUGGCAGUAUCAACUUCCUGAUACAUAUUGCUGGGAGGAAAUUCCGCAUGUUUAUCUUGGGAUUUUGAGUGAGGAUCAUGCUAGGCAGUGUGCUUGGAGGCAUGGCCGGGAUUAUCGUGCUCUUGGGUAUUCAUUCUUCAAUCUUUCUCGGGCUGCUGAUAACCGGUACUCGGUUGUGCGUGAGUACGUUCGCCGAGGUGGGAGAAUUGUCGCCGAUGAGGUAGCACUCAGCGAGGAAAAGUACGUGAACUCGAACCUAGGGUUACUUCGCAGUCGACUUGAAUCUGCACGGGAUACCUUCGGGCAUAGUCUGGCUGCGGAGAGGUUCUGGUUCUUGUUCGCUCUUUCUGAGGUAUACCGCGAUGCGAGCGCGACCCCAAGUGGAAAGCAAAUAGAAAAGUUCCUUGCAAAGGGAUACAUGGGUCAAAGAACUGAUUGGGUGGAUAUUCAGCUCCUCGGUCAGAUCCAGGCUACGUUGUAUUCUCUACGGAUCCUGAAGCAGCUUCUUGAUAUCGCUGCUCCUGAUGAUGACUCGGUUGAAUCCAAGUCACUACUUGCGGAAUUGCCGCCGCUAUACAUCAUGAUGUCGCGGCGGCGGAUGAUCGAGAGUUUUGCUGACAAUCGGGUCGUUAAGGAUGCGUUGUAG